AAAAAAAAAAAAACAUGUCAGCGGAAAAGACGACGACGAGCCCCUGCAACAAAUUUCAAGCCAACAUUUUUAAUAAAAGUAAAUGUCAAAACUGCUUCAAGUCGCGCGAGCUGCAUCUGUUGAACGACCAUGACAUGGAGCAGGCGAAACCCAUCUACGCAGGCUGGCUCUGCUUGGCCCCCGUUGGGACAGAUUUUGAAAACCCGAUGCAGAGAUCGAGGAAAUGGCAGCGGCGCUUCUUCAUCCUGUACGAACACGGCAGCCUCAGCUUCGCUCUGGACGAACUGCCGAGCACGCUGCCACAGGGGACGGUGAACAUGAAUCUGUGCACGGACAUCGCAGACGCCGAGCCCAGGACGGGCCAGAGGAACGCUCUCUGCAUCGUCACAGCGGAGCAGGAAAUAUUCAUCCGCGGUGACAAUAAAGACGUCAUUAAUGGGUGGAGUGAACAGCUCGCGGUCUUUCUACGGACGAACAAGCAGAAUCAGAAGAAGAAACGCAAAGUGGAGCCGGUUACCAACCAGGAACCGAGUCCAGCAAAGAUGGCUGCAACUCAUCCAAGUUUUCCGUCCGUGGAGAACGCUGCUGCAGAGUCCGGCUGCGGCCGGUGGCAGGAAGACCAGCGGGGCAGGGGACCGGAUAAAAUCCCUGUCUGGACUGUCACAGACUCAGAUCCCCCGGGCCUGGAGCAGACCCCUGCAGGCAACACAUCCACCCACCUGCGCCCGCUCUCCAGGGACUCGCUGAACUUGGAUGGUCCCGGCUGUUUCGGUAGCCAAGUCAGAUCCUCGGACUUGGCGAUCAAUGGAAGUACGGACGCUGGCAGUAACAAGCAGCCGGCUGAGCUGGAGCCAAACAACAAGAACCAGAGCGACGACAGAAGCUUGACUGAGAGGCUGCUGAGUUUGGAGGCCACCAAGAAAGAGCAGCAGGAAGAGGGAACAGCUGCUUUCAGGAAGGGCAGGAGUGAAGCCCGUACCAACAAGCGAGAGAAACUCCAGUCAUGUGGCGACAUAACCCAGCUCACUGCACCCCCUCCUCAACGAAGAGCCAAGUCUCUGGACCGCAGGACGUCAGACACCGUCAUGACACCGGAUUUAUUAAACUUCAAAAAGGGCUGGAUGGUCAUGGAUGAAAAUGACAAGUGGAGGAAAUAUUGGUUUGUGCUUUCGACUGACAGUCUGAGAUACUACAAGGACUCAAUAGCUGAGGAGGCUUCAGAUCUUGAAGGAGAAAUCGAUCUAACAAAGUGUUACAACGUGUCUGAGUAUCAGGUGCAGAGAAACUACGGCUUUCAGAUCCAUGUAAGACGUGUUUACACGUUGUCGGCCAUGACUGCAGAUCGCAGGAACUGGAUUCAGGCUCUGAUGAAAAACGUACAUCCGGCUAACGCUCCUGAUGUUGCCAGUCUACCAGGCCACCAUGUUCCCUGCAGCCCACCUGAAGCUCUCCCAAAACCAGACGACGCUACAAAACCUACGACUGGGCUGAGUUUCGGCCUCAAGAGGAAGCCGACGCCGGACGCAGAUCCUCAGAAGAGUAAAGCUCUGUGCGCACUGGAGCUGAGCGACAUGGAGAGGAGGAAGAGGCGGGAGGAGAGGAGGAAGAGGUACGAGAGCAUGCUGGGUUUCCCUCUGGGAUGGGAGAUGAUUGGAGAUGAAUCAGCUGACGGCAACGGCAGAGCGCUGAGUCCAAAAUCACAACAAAGAAUGCAAGAAGAGAUGGAAGAUUGCUGGAAGCAGGUGGAGAAGACUGUCUUCAGACUGGAGAAGAGCGUCCCGCUGUAUAAUGAAGCUAAAGACACUUCGGUUGACGAUCUGAAGGCGCAGCUAGAAGAUUCGGAGCGUCGCAAACUCGAGCUGGAAGCUCAGCUGAGCACCGCAGGACAUUAUCAGCAGCAAGUCUGCAAAUCGCUUGACUCCUCGCCAAGUUCUGAAGCAGAUUUAUUCCUACUGGACACGAAUAAAAACCCAUUAAACAACAACCACACACAGAGUCUGAAUGAUGCAAACAAACAGACUAGAGAGCUCUUAGAGCAGCAGGACGUCAUCAGACAGGAGCAGCUCAGUCCUUCACCUCAACACACACCCAGCAUCUGGCUGCAUGACACCGAGGGAAAUUUCCAGGAACUUGGAGAUCUUCUUCGUGACUGUCCUGAAGCAGAAGCCACACCUUUACUAUCACCUGCGUCAGACGGCACAGACUUAUUGUCAGAAAGUGACAGACAAAAUUUAGAUGAUGUAAUAACCAACAAGCAGAAUCAGCAACACAAUGAGGACUGUCAGCUGUUUCCGAGCUCUGAGAGUUCAAGUUCGCUUAUUUUGGAGAGUCCUACGGAGAGAGGUGACGCCUCGCUGAGCUGCUGUGUGGAGCAGCACAUACCUCCAGACCAGGCGAUACUGAGGAGGCUCUCCCAGGAGGUGGAGCUGCUCACGGGUCAGAACGAGGCUCUCAACCAGCGCAACCAGGAAAUGUUAAACCAGCUGACAGAGGCGGACCGGGAGAUAGAGAGGCUGAAAGUGGAGCUCAGCAGCAGGUACACUGAGCCCCAUCACCUGCCUGAAGUGGAGCAACUGGAACAAACGCGGGUACAAGAUCUGGAGAGGGAGCUGAGUAUGAGAGAACAGCAGCUCCAGGAGGCCCAGACGUUGAUCACCUCCCUGGAGGAAAAUCUGAGGGACACGGAGGCGCUGCUGCAGCUUGGCGUCCCGACAGAAACGGAAGAAACGGGACAGGAGGAAAGCGACUGCGCCAAGAAAGCGGAGGGAUACUUGCUGAGGUGUUUCGAGGCAACCGAGGCUAAGCUGUUGGAGCUGGAGAGGCAGCUCGACCAGUCUCAGACGACCUGCAGGAAGCUCCAGGAGCAGAACUCGGAGAUGAAGGAAGCGGAGAAAGUUUACUGCGAGAAAGCGACGGAGACCGAAGCUGACAUCUGGAAGCUGAAUGAAGAUAUAGAGAAGGAGAAGUUGAAAGAAGGAGAGAGGAACGGAUCUGUGUGCGCUGAGGAAAGGAUCCAGCAAGUGAUAGAGGAGAUGAUCAUGAGGUUGAAAGCUUUGGGGAAAUUACUGGGUGUUAUUGACAGGUUGGAUUUAGACACGACGAAGAGAUCGACAGAAAGUGAAGAGGAGAAGCCGACGGUGGUCAGUCAGCUGAGGUGGGAGGAAGAGUUUUGGGGGUCUUUGCUCAGGGAAGUGAAAGCCAAAACCUUCCAGCUGAGUGAGGAGAAAGAUGUAGAAGUGCUUCUCGGCGAGGUGACAGAAUAUAUGAUAGCGGAGAAACAAAUGCUGCUUUUAGGUCAUGAUUUACUUUCUGAGACGGAUGAAGAAGGGGAAGAUACGGAGGGGACACGCGAGGGCGAGACGUUGAAAGAUCUGGACGUUAUUUGGAAUACAGCAAGUGUGACGGCAACGGAAACCAAGAAGAUGGAUGAAAGCGGGAUGGAACAUUUUAGAGUUAUAACACAGAUUAGAACUUCUUUACUGGACUACAUCGCCUCCUCUGUCAGCACAUCCGCUCGAGACAAACUCCAGUCGAUGGCCGACAAGUUUUCUGACUUUCGCUUUUGCUCGGAGCGUCCUUCGUUUCAUUUCAUUCACUCCGCGGCGACUGAAGCGCUGUACUGCUGCCACAUUAGCAGGCUUCAGUCGAAAUACCAAAGGGAGCUCGAAGAAACCAAACAGAGACUGCUCACACGCUCGCUCAUCUGCAGCAACUGUGUCGACCUGACGGAGGAGAACGAGGAGCUGAGAGCGAGGCUGUCAAACCUAGAGGAGCAACAGACGUCCUCAUCGAGCGCAAAGACGGACAUGAGCUGCCAGACGGAGGAGAUUUACCCUCAAGACAUAAAUACUGAGGUACAGAUGGCAGAUGAAAGUGCUGCAGAUGAAACUGAGGAACCCGAAACACCAGAGGAGACGGUGGAGAACGACUCCUCCUCGCUCAGCUGUAUGGAGAUCUCAGGUGAAACGGAUCAGAGCGAGCAGGUUUUAGCGCUGAGAAGAAGAGAGGAGGAGCUGGAGGAGCAGCUGUCCGUCAUAGCAGAGCAGCUGAAAGAAGAGUUUGAUGGCAAAAUGAGGUCGGCUCUGAUGCAUCACGAGAGGGAGUUGGAGAAGCUCAAGGCCACGUGCGAGCGCGGCUUCGCCUCCAUGGAGGACUCUCAUGUAAAGAUGGUGGAGGAGCUGCAGCGCCGACACCAGCAGGAAGUAGAGCGCCACCUGCUGGAGAGAGACAGACUGCUGGAGGAGGAGAGCGCUGCGACUGCCAUUGCAAUCGAAGCCAUCAAGAACGCUCACCGCCUGGAGCUGGAGAGGGAGGUGCAGAGGAGAAGCCGGUCAGAGAACAUCACAGCAGACUCACACCUGGAAGACAUAUUCAGUCGACACGCAGAGGAGCUGGCCUCCUACCAGCGGGAGCUCGAGGUUUUGUCCCAGCAGUUCUCUCUGAAGUGUCUGGAGAACGUUCAUCUUGUUCAGGCUCUGGAUGCGGAGAGGAAGGCUUUGUGUCAGUGCCAGCAGGAAAACCAAGACCUGAGGACCAGAAACCAGGAGUUGAGCGGUCACCUGGCAGCAGAGAUCACCAGACUGUGCUCUCUGGCCAAACAGGACGCUCUGCCGCUCAGCCAGGGAAUGGACGCCUACGAGAUGGAGAUCACCCUGCGAGUGAAGGAGUCCGAGGUCCAGUGUCUGAAGCAGAAGAUCACGUCUCUGAAGGACGAACUGCAGUCUGCACAAAAGGACAAGAGGAACGUUACAAAGAAGUACAAGGACGUCUACACGGAGCUGAGCAUCACGAGGGCCAAAGCUGAGAGAGACGUAGACGAGCUGAGAGAGAAUCUGAGGCUGCUUCAUCAGGCUCUGAGGCAGACUUCACCCUGA